AUGGAGCCACUUCUCAAAGGCUACAAUGCUUUCAUUACCGGUGCCGCUUCAGGCAUCGGCAAGUCGACGGCCCUCCACUUUGCCCGCCACGGCGCCUCGGGCUUGGUCAUCACCGACGUCCGCCAAGAGGCCCUCGACGCGCUCGCGGCAACCCUCGCGCGGGAUUUUGCCGCGAGCGUCAAAGUCGUCCCCAUUGUGCUGGACGUGACCCGCGGCGCCGACGUCGCGGCGGCGGUCGCGCAGGCGGUCGAAGCGCUGGGACGGCUCGACGUGGCCGUCAACAAUGCCGGCGUCGCGGGCGCGACGAGCCUGACGCACGAGCUGCCCGAGGAGGCGUGGCGCAAGACGCUGGCGGUGGACCUCGACGGCGUGUUUCUCUGCCAAAAGGAGGAGCUGGCCGUCAUGAUGAAGCAAGAAGAUUUGGGCCCUCGAAGGGGUCGCGGCGUCAUUAUCAACACGGCGUCGCUGUAUGGCCUGCGCGGACCGCCGGCUCCCAUGUUCCAGUCUGCGUAUACGGCCGCCAAGCACGCCGUCGUCGGUCUCACAAAGGCGGACGGCUUACACUACGCCCCGCACGGCAUCCGCAUCAACGCCGUGUGCCCGGGCUACGUCGACACGCCGCUCCUCGUCGACGCCAUUGAGCGCGACAAGUUGGACAGCUUCCUGCGCCACGCCGCAAGGGUGCCCGUGCCGCGUCUUAUAGAGACAGACGAAAUUGCCGACGGCAUCGUGUUUCUGGCGAGCCCGAUGAGCAGCGCCAUGCAGGCGUCGACGCUGGUGCUGGACCUGGGCCUUAAUAGCAGUAGCUAG